UCUGCACGAACCCCUUGAGGCUUCAGGUUCAAGCUAGUAGUAGCUAGCUGCAACUGCAACUAUAUAUCCCCAUAAGCACCUUAUCCUCUCUCUACCUCUCCACUGCCCUUCUCGCUCGCUCGCUAUCUCUCCUCCUCUCCAGGCUAACACAACUCUGCAGCCUCAUCACCACAAUGCCAAGGGCACCUUAGCCGUGUUCCUCUCCGGCGUCGUGAUUGUUGGCGAUAAGGUAGCGAGGCUUGCAGAUAGAGGUUCAGUGCAGAGCUCGGUUAGCUUGGGGCGGCGGACAUGGCGCCCAAGGCAGGGAAGGCCAAGCCCAAGCCCAAGGGCGACAAGAAGAAGAAGGAGGAGAAAGUGUUGCCCAUCGUGCUGGACGUCACCGUUGAGACGCCGGACUACACGCAGCUCACGCUCAAGGGUAUAUCAACGGAUAGGAUCCUCGACAUCCGGAAGCUCCUGGCCGUCCACGUGGACACCUGCCACCUCACCAGCUACUCCCUGUCCCACGAGGUACGCGGGGCCCAGCUCAAGGACACGGUGGAGGUCGCCUCCCUCAAGCCUUGCCACCUCAGCAUCGUCGAAGAGGACUACACGGAGGAGCUCGCCGUCGCGCAUGUGCGCCGGCUGGUCGACAUCGUCGCCUGCACCACCGCAUUCGGGGCGAAGAAGCCAGAGCAGAAGCCCGCUUCCCCCGAUGCUGCCGCGGCCGCGGCCGAGGCCGCCAAGCCCGGGUCGCCCGGUAAGACGGCGCCCGGCGGCGGAGGAGGCGGGGAGGAGCCCAUGUACCCGCCGCCGAAGCUGGGGCAGUUUUACGACUUCUUCACCUUCUCGCACCUCACGCCGCCUCUGCAUUAUAUUAGGAGGUCGACGCGCCCAUUCGUUGAUGACAAGAGAGAGGACGACUUUUUCCAAAUCGAUGUAAGAGUUUGUAACGGGAAACCAGUGACGAUUGUGGCAUCCCAAGCAGGGUUCUACCCCGCAGGAAAACGUGCACUCAUCAGCCGCUCCCUUGUUGGACUACUGCAGCAGACAAGCCGUGCAUUUGAUGGAGCUUACAAGGCUCUGAUGAAGGCAUUUGUCGAGCACAACAAGUUUGGAAAUCUUCCUUAUGGAUUCCGAUCAAAUACCUGGGUGGUUCCCCCUGUUGUAGCAGAUUCACCAUCAGUGUUCCCACCUCUUCCAACUGAAGAUGAAACUUGGGGUGGCAAUGGUGGUGGUCAAGGAAGGGAUGGAAAGCACGACCAUAGACCAUGGGUGAAAGAAUUUGCCAUCCUUGCUGCAAUGCCUUGCAAAACAACUGAGGAUAGGCAAGUCCGAGACAGAAAGGCUUUCCUACUCCACAGUUUAUUUGUAGAUGUUGCAGUCCUCAAAGCUGUUGCAUCUAUUCAGCAACUGAUUUCCAACCAUAGGAGUUCCCAUGAAACAGCAAAUGGCACCACAGGGCCAGUCUUGUACACAGAGCAAGUCGGUGAUAUGAAAAUAAUGAUCACAAAGGACAAAGCAGAUGCAAGUUUCAAGUUAGAUGUUAAGUUGGAUGGAAGUCAGGCUCCAGGGAUGUCUCCUGAUGAGCUUGCUAGGCGAAACUUGUUGAAAGGCAUCACUGCUGACGAGAGUGCAACAGUACAUGAUACUGCUACUCUUGGUGUGGUUAUUGUAAAACAUUGUGGGUAUACAGCUGUUGUCCAAGUUCCAGUAGAUCCUGAUCUGACAACUACUUCCCUAGCACAGCAGGACAUCCACAUUGAAGACCAGCCUGAGGGAGGUAGCGAUGCUCUUAAUGUCAAUAGCUUAAGGAUGCUGCUCCAUAAAUCAUGUGCUCCAUCAUAUGGAGGAGUUCAGCGGUUGCAGGGCUGUGAUCCUCAAGACAAUGAGACUACCCAAAGUUUUGUGCGGAAGAUACUGACAGACAGCCUGGAGAAGCUUGAAAGUGAGGCUCCAAUGGUAACAAGACCGAUCAGAUGGGAACUUGGUGCUUGCUGGGUACAACAUCUACAGAACCCGACUUCUGAGAAGACAGAAACUAAGAAAAGUGAGGAGACUAAGGAUGUUCCUACAGUAAAGGGCCUGGGUAAACAAUUUGGUCAGUUAAAGGAGAUAAAAAAGAAGACUGAUGACAAGAGUGGAAAAGGAGCAUAUGCAAAAGAAAACACUUCACCUAAUACAGAUAAUGCAUCUACAGACAACACUACCAGUGCAAAGGAGGAUAAGGAGACUGUUCUUCAGAGACUGCUUUCAGAAGCUGCUUUUGAAAGGCUAAAGGAAUCUGAAACUGGACUUCAUGCUAAGUCACUGGAUGAAUUGAUUGAGAUGGCGCACAAGUAUUAUGAUGAUACUGCCCUGCCGAAAUUGGUAGCAGACUUUGGUUCACUUGAGCUCUCCCCUGUUGAUGGAAGGACACUGACAGAUUUUAUGCACACUAGGGGCCUUCAGAUGCGGUCACUGGGACGAGUGGUUGAGCUUUCUGACAAGCUUCCACAUAUACAGUCCCUGUGUAUACAUGAGAUGGUAGUUCGAGCAUUUAAGCACAUACUUCGGGCUGUUAUUGCAGCUGUUGAUGAUGUAAAUGAUGUGGCAGACUCAGUUGCAUCAUGUUUAAAUAUUUUGCUGGGACCAUUUCCAGAAGAAAACAAUGAUGGCAAUUGUGGCGAGGAUCAUAAUCUCAGGAAAAGGUGGCUGGAGGUCUUUUUAUUUAAGAGAUUUGGCUGGAAGUGGAAAGAUGAAUAUUCCCUUGAUCUAAGAAAAUAUGCCAUUCUCCGUGGUCUCUGCCACAAGGUAGGACUUGAGUUACUAACCAAAGAUUAUGACAUGGAUAUGCCACAUCCAUUCAGAAAGUCAGAUAUUAUCAGUGUCGUUCCUAUCUACAAGCAUGUUGCAUGCUCAUCAGCUGAUGGCCGCACCCUGCUGGAGUCAUCCAAGACUUUCCUGGAUAAAGGAAAACUUGAGGAUGCUGUUAACUAUGGCGCAAAGGCUCUUGCAAAACUUGUUGCUGUUUGUGGUCCUUAUCACAGAAUGACAGCAGGAGCAUACAGCCUUCUUGCAGUAGUGCUUUAUCAUACUGGCGACUUCAACCAGGCAACCAUCUAUCAACAGAAGGCUUUAGAUAUUAAUGAGAGGGAACUUGGACUUGACCACCCGGAUACAAUGAAAAGCUAUGGAGAUCUUGCUGUUUUCUACUAUCGUCUGCAACAUACAGAACUGGCCCUAAAGUAUGUGAAUCGUGCCCUAUAUCUUUUGCACCUUACAUGUGGCCCUUCUCAUCCUAACACCGCAGCAACUUACAUCAAUGUCGCGAUGAUGGAAGAAGGGUUGGGUAAUGUCCAUGUUGCACUCCGUUACCUGCAUGAAGCUCUAAAAUGCAACCAGCGUUUGCUUGGCGCUGAUCACAUACAGACUGCAGCUAGUUAUCAUGCUAUUGCUAUAGCUUUGUCUUUAAUGGAAGCAUACUCGCUGAGUGUCCAACAUGAAAAGACUACUCUGCGAAUACUUCAAGCAAAGCUUGGAUCAGAAGAUCUUCGGACCCAGGAUGCUACUGCUUGGCUGGAAUACUUUGAGUCUAAGGCACUAGAGCAGCAGGAAGCAGCACGUAAUGGUACUCCAAAGCCUGAUGCUUCAAUAGCAAGCAGAGGACAUCUGAGUGUAUCAGAUCUUUUGGAUUAUAUCAAUCCGGAUGACGAACUCAAGGUUAAGGAAAUGCAAAAGAAACAAGCCCGUGCUAAGAUCAAAGGCCGCACUGGGCAAAACCCAUCUGACCUAGUCGACGAUGAAGAUCAAAGGAGCCCUCCACCUAACAAUGAUAAUUUAUUAACUGAGAAGGAAGACUCUGGAGUCAAAGAGAAUGGAACCUUUGUUGAGCAUGUGAAAGUGAAAGAUGAAAUACCAAGUGACACUGCAAACCACAUACCUCAAGAUGAUUUUACUGAAGAGUACGCAUCUGAUGAGGGGUGGCAAGCAGCUGUUCCAAAGGGACGAUCUACAGGGAGCCGCAAAACUGGUCCAGGCACAAGGAAGCAAAAUCUGGCGAAAAUCAAUACUAAUGUGUUUCACAGUGAGAAUGGAAGAUACAAAGGAAGGGGUCCAUCCAACUUCUCUUCCCCUCGAGUUUCCCCUAAUGAGACUGCAGCUCCUGUUGCUUCUGGUCCUCUUGCAAAGAAAUUAGCUAAGAAUUCGAGCUUCAAUUCCAAAGCAGUUAGCCCUGCUGUCUCAUCAAGCAGUGGUGAGAAUUCUUCCAAUCCCAACUCCAAGCCAGCAAGCCCUGCCAUUACUGCAGCUGCUGCCAAGGUGAUACCAUCCACAGCACCAGCUGCCAGUCAAACUGUGAGGAAGUCACUUUCAUACAAGGAAGUGGCAAUAGCUGCACCAGGAACUCUUGUCAAAGCAUUAAGUGAGGUACAUACAGAAGAAAAGGAUACAAUUGACAAAGGUGCAAGUGUUGAGAGUGCUAAGCCUCCAAAAGAAAGCAAUGAUAACCCUUCUGGAGAGAAAGAUGGAGCAACAGAAGUGUCAAAAAAGGGUGACACUUCCCAAGUAUCAAAAUCAACAGAUGGAGGUAAAUCUGAGCCAACUGAUGUUUUGCUUGGUUCAAAUCAACCAGAGACAGAACACAAAAAGACCUCAGAUGCAGCAGAGACAUCUGUAGUGAAGAAGAACACAGAUCUUGCUGCCUCAGUCACAUCAUCUGCAACACAAACUGAGGCUGACGUCCCAAAUGCAGGAGCGCCAACUGUAAUUGAGGCAAACGAUUCUUCCUCCAAUGAUGAAAGAGAUGUAGGAGAGGAUACACCAGAACAGCUGUCAAGUGGAGGGGAAAAUGAGAAAUCUUCCGCAUCUGAGAGUGAAAAGAAAGAGACAACUAGUAAACUUUCUGCUGCGGCAGCUCCAUUCAAUCCGUCCACCGUACCAGCUUUUGGUUCAAUGGCUGUACCAGGUUUCAGAGAACAUGGUGGACUAUUGCCAUCACCAGCCAAUGUACCCCCUAUGUUGUCCAUCCCUCUACGUAAGCACCCUCACCAAUCUGCAACAGCAAGAGUCCCUUACGGUCCACGUCUGGCUGGAGGUUACAACAGAUCGGGGCAUCGGGGACCUCGUAACAAGCCUAUGUUGCCAAGUGGUGAAGCACCUACAGAAACAAACACAUCUGCGCCCAGAGUUAUGAACCCUAACGCUCCAGAGUUUGUGCCAGGCCAAUCUCGGAGUCCUAAUGGACAACCAGCAUCUCCAAAUGGUCCUUUAACAUCACCAGGUGGUAUUACAUCUUCCCCACAGGGCCUUCCAUCCUCUCCAGAUAGUACUGUAGAAUCACCGGUAACUGCAUCCCCACAAGUUUCUGAAUGUAGCCAGACCAGUCCUGAAGGAAAUGAUGCAUCUUGCGGGGUCAAUGUUGAGGCUGGGGGUGAAAAGCAGAACACAGACGACACGAACCACACAGAAAGUAAAGAUGGAAAAGUGGAACCUGAACAGACCACAGCUCCUGAAGUUGCAGAAGAAGCAGUGACAGCAAAAGAUGUUACCGAAGAGCCGAUUGCAACCGAGCAACCCAAAUCCUGGGCAGACUACAGCGAUGGAGAGGUUGAGGCUGUUGAGGUUGCAAGCUGAGGAAAGUAAAAUUUUAUUUCUUAAACAGAGGAGCCUUUCUUCUCCUGAAUAAAGCAUGCUAAUGCAAACCGAGAUGCUGCCUUUUUGGAUAGAGACUUAAUUGCCUUUUUUUGACCCAUUUCAUGGUGUCUAGUAUCUGCUGAAUUCUUCUGCAGUUCUUCUAAUGGCAUUCCAUGAUCUUUGGAACUUGGAAUUUUGAAGAUUUUCCAGACGUCCAUCAUGGUGCCCUUGUUUUGUCCUGCUUUUUUGCUGUGAAGAAUCUUGGGAAGAACACCUCGAAGUAUCAACAAGAGAGAUACAUUGUUAACAUGCCGCCGUUUCCACAGCUUGGCAUAAUUUUUGUUCCCUUUGUGAAUGUACUGUCGACUUAACAUCUUAAUAGUUAUUUUUUGAUAAAUUAGACUUGUUGAACUACGUAAUAAUAUGUAAAGAAAGAUGCGUUACCAUUUUACGCUCUGUGUACUUGGUAAUCCCAGCUGUAUAGCACAUUCAGAUGGAACAGAAGAAAGUUUCCUAUUGAAUCC